AUGAACAGUUUCAUCAACGACAUCUUCGAGAAGCUUGCUGCAGAAUCUUCAAGACUUGCAAGGUACAACAAGAAGCCAACGAUUACUUCAAGGGAAAUUCAGACUGCGGUAAGACUUGUUCUGCCAGGAGAAUUAGCCAAGCAUGCCGUUUCUGAAGGAACAAAAGCUGUGACCAAGUUUACGAGUGCUUAA